AUGAGAGGGAUUGUGUAUGUGUGCUUUGCACUUUUGUGUACAGUGAGAUGCUCAAGGAUUCAGAAGAUCUUGAAGCCUGGAGCCAGGGAAGAGUAUUGGGCAGUAUUUGGAGAGAAUGGACUAGAGCUCAGCAUCAAACUGAACCAAUACUCUAGUCAGCCGGUGUUCUACAGGAUUGUUAAACCGAAUGAUUUACCUGAAGACAGCGAUGAUGACUGGGAAGAGUUGAAUGAGGCAUUUGAUCAGAAGUAUACUAUGCAUGGAACAUACAGGAUAGAUGUUGAUAAUAGGGGAGAUGAGAAUGCAUCUAUUAGUGUGUACACGAAUGUGAUGGUUUCUGAUGGAUUGGACAAUGACAAUCUGGCAAUCAAGAACCUGUUUGUUGAUAUUGAGGGAAAGUUGAUGUCUUUAUACAAUACGAAUAUGCGAUUAAAGACGAUCCAGGAGCGAAAUAUUACUGAAGCAAGGAGGAUAAGUAAGGGAUUGUACAUUAUGUUUGUGAUUCCAAUUAUAUAUGUAGGAAUAGGAUUUGCAAAGCUACAUGCAAUGAAGUCAAUGUUUUCUCCAAAGAAAGGUUCGAAGAUAUGA